AUGGGAAACCUCCUGAAAGUGCUGGCUUGCGCCGAACUUGAGCAUGGCCCAAUAGUUUUCCUUGACUUUGAACAUGCCCAACCCACUGAGGCCGAGACGGCCGUAUGGAACCAGGUCAGCGCCGUGCUGGAGGAGGCCCACGGGAUCCUGGCCGAGCUGCAGUCCUAUAACGGCGCCGGGCAGGAGAUACGAGAAGCCAUUCAGAAUCCAGGUGACCUCGCUCUGCAGGAGAAGGCCUGGAACGCGGUGUGUCCUCUGGUGGCCAAGCUCAAGCGCUUUUAUGAGUUCUCACUGCGCCUGGAGAACGCCCUGCGCAGCCUGCUGGAGGCGCUGACGAGCCCGCCCUACGCCCCAAUGCAGCACCUGGAAAGGGAGCAGGCCCUGGCUAAGCAGUUUGCAGAGAUUCUGCAUUUUACACUCAGCUUCGAUGAAUUGAAGAUGACAAAUCCAGCCAUUCAGAAUGACUUCAGCUACUAUAGGAGGACUAUUAGUAGGAACAGGCUGAACAAUCAGCAGCUGGAAGCGGAAAACGAGGUGAACAAUGAGAUGGCCAACCGGAUGUCGCUUUUCUACGCUGAGGCCACGCCCAUGCUGAAGACCCUGAGCAACGCCACCACCAAGUUUGUCUCAGAGAACAAGACCUUGCCCAUCGAGGACACCACAGACUGUUUGAGCACCAUGGCCUGCGUGUGUCGUGUCAUGCUUGAGACCCCAGAGUACCGCUGUCGGUUCACCAACACGGACACUAUGCUGUUCUGCAUGAGGGUGAUGGUGGGCGUCAUCAUCCUUUACGACCAUGUCCACCCCGUCGGGGCGUUUGCAAAGACCUCCAAAAUUGACAUGAAGGGCUGCAUCAAGGUCCUGAAAGAGCAACCGUCCAACAGUGUCGAGGGGCUUCUCAAUGCGCUGAGGUAUACGACUAGACAUCUAAACGACGACAGCACCUCCAAACAGAUCCGGGCGUUGCUGCAAUGA